AUGUCGAGUUCACCUUUCGUGGUCGAUCUUCCUAGGCUAGGAAUCGUGCCAGUGAUUGAUCUGGUUGUCAGUCUAGGGGCCAUCGUCUUCCUGUCGAUAUUUGCACAAUGGACAUACCAGCAGUAUCGAUUUUUGUCUCAAUGGCCUGUCCUUAACAAGGCAGGCUUUUUCAACGCGUCUAAAUCGAAAGAAGCCUUUCAACAGAAUAGCCGAAGUUUGCUUUUUGAUGGUUUCGCCAAGUCUCCCAGAGGCUACCUAGUAGAUACUGACUUGAACCGUCAACUGGUUCUUUCUCCCGAGUACGCCAACGAGAUUCGCAGUGAUCCCCGCCUUGACUUUACAGAAACCACUCACCGCGACUUUCUUGGACACCUUCCUGGCUUCGAAGUUUUCAAAAAAAAUAAUUCUAACGCGGCUGAUGUAGUGCGUCAAAGGCUAACACAAUCUUUGGGACUCGUUACGGAGGACAUAUCAGAGGAGAUGACCGCUGUUCUCCAGGAACAGUGGAGUGAAGAGACUGAUUGGCAUGAAUUAGAAGGAAAGACAACCCUCCUCGAAAUAGUUGCCCGCCUCUCGUCUCGAGUGUUUCUCGGACAAGAAAUCUGCCGAAAUCCAAAAUGGCAACGGAUCACCAUCGAUUACACCGUCAACGCUUUCAUGGCUGUUGCAGCAGUAAAGCGGUACCCGCAAUUUCUUCAUCGAUUUGUUCAUUGGUUUCUUCCCCAGACAUGCAAACUUCGUUCCCAGGUAUCUGAAGCUCGUCGUAUCAUUCAGCCCGUGAUCGACCAGCGAGCCGCUGCUGGCUGGGUUCACCCUGGGAAUGAAUCGGGCAAAAAGUAUACGGAUGCGCUUCAGUGGAUGCAUGAUUUGUCCAAGGGCAAAGAGGUUGAUUUUGCCAUAGGCCAAUUGGGUCUGUCUCUGGCUGCGAUCCAUACUACCACCGACUUGCUCACCCAGGUAAUUUACAACUUGUGUCAGCAUCCCGACAUGAUUCAACCGUUGCGUGACGAGAUUGCUGCUGUUGUGGGAGGAGAAGGAUGGAAAAGGAGUGCGCUAUACAAGAUGAAACUUAUGGAUAGUGUUAUCAAGGAGAGUCAGCGGUUGAAGCCCCCCGCCCUGUUAUCGAUGCGGCGCCAUGUGACUAAAGAUAUCACGCUGCAAGACGGUCUCUUCAUCCCGAAAGGCAGUUCAAUUGGGGUUUCGUCUCACUGGAGUUGGGACUCAUCCGUCUUCGAAAACCCUAACGAGUUCGACGGCUAUCGCUUUGUCAGGAUGGCAGAAGAUCCGACGAAAGAGAGAGAGGCACACUUUGUAUCAACGAGCCCUCAACAUUUGGCAUUCGGUCAUGGAAACCACGCCUGCCCGGGCCGCUUUUUUGCUGCCAACGAGUUGAAGAUUGCCCUCACUCACAUCUUGAUGAAGUACGACUUCAAAUUACGCGAAGAUGCCGACCCAGAUUUUUUCUGCUUGGGCUGGAUAAUGCAAUCGAAUGGGGAUGCUAAGCUCUUGGUUCGACGGCGUAGGGAGGAGAUUCACCUGGAGUAG